AUGGCCGGCAUUUUUCGAAUCAUCUAUGACUGGUUGUUGCGGAUGUUUUGGGCUACCGAAAUGGACGUCACCAUGAUUGGUCUCCAGAACGCCGGCAAGUCUUCGUUGCUUCGUGUUUUAGCUGUAUGUGUUUUCUCGUUUCUUUCCGUUCCCUCCAUACCCACCAUCGGCUUUAACACCAAAAAGGUCCAGAAGGGCCAUGUGACGUUGAAAUGCUGGGAUUUGGGAGGUCAACCACGAUUCCGACCGAUGUGGGAACGAUACUGUCGUGGGGUAAACGCUAUAGUAUAUAUUGUCGAUGCUGCUGACCAUGCAGCAUUGCCCGUUGCAACGGAAGAGCUGCACGACUUAUUAGACAAGCCGAGUCUAGACGGCAUCCCCUUGUUGGUGUUGGGGAACAAGUCCGAUCUUCCCAAUAAACUGUCCGUUGACGAGUUGAUUGAAGAGAUGGAUCUCAAAUCCAUUGUUCGCCGUGAGGUAAGUUGUUACGGAAUCAGUGCGAAGGAAGAGACAAACUUGGAUGCCGUGCUGCAUUGGUUAAUUGCACGGGCGAAUCGAUAA